UUGGACGAAGAGGAUCUCCUCCAUGAUCCCAAACACAUUAUCUUUAAAUCUUCAUCUAUGUUCCCUCUACGCGGCAUGAUCAACGUUGGCGUCUUGCUCGUCCUCAUACUCGGUCUACUGUGUUUAUUCAUAUUUUACCCGGUGCUCAGUUACGUCCGCAAUUACGACCACAUGCAAGCAAUUGAUGGUAACAUUAUGAUUAACGGAACAGGCCAAGCUCCUCUUCUCAUUCAACUACCUCGUCUUAUCGACCCAGAUACGCCAACAUCUGCAAAGUCACGCACUGGCUUUGAUGGUAAUGAAUACGAGCUGGUGUUCUCCGACGAGUUCGAACUAGAUGGACGGACAUUCUGGCCCGGUGACGACCCCUUCUGGGAAGCAGCCAACAUGUGGUAUUGGUCUACAGCAGAUGAGGAAUGGUACUAUCCUGAUCAGGUAACGACUGCAAAUGGUUCGCUGGUCAUCACGAUGGAUCAAAUACCGUACAACGGACUUAACUAUCGUAGUGGAAUGCUGCAAAGCUGGAAUAAGUUCUGUUUCACCACUGGAUACAUCGAGGUGUCGGUGAGUUUACCUGGACCGAAUGCCGAGACGCAAGGUUACUGGCCUGGUGCAUGGACCAUGGGCAAUCUUGCCCGUCCAGGGUAUGGCGCUACUACAGAUGGUGUUUGGCCUUAUUCGUACGAUUCUUGUGACGUGGGAACGUAUCCAAAUCAGACGCUGCCAGAUGGAUCAGGUCCCUCUGCCGCCAUACAUUCAGACUCGUCCAAAGCGAAAUAUAACUUUGAACUGUCGUGGUUGUCCGGCCAAAGGUUAUCGUCGUGUACCUGUCCAGGGGAAGAUCACCCAGGCCCGUCCAAUAAUGUUGGCCGUGGCGCUCCGGAGCUUGAUAUCCUAGAAGUUGAGAAGAACAAAUAUGGUGACGGACAGGUUGUUUCUCAGUCCGCCCAGUUUGCGCCGUUCACCCAGGACUACCUUUUCAACAACGCUACAACUAUUGAAUGGGAUGUCUAUAAUCCAGCUCUCACUGUUCCUAACCCAUACAGAGGAUCUGCUGUUCAACAAGCUGUAUCUGCCCUGACACAGCUUCCCGCCCCUAUUUUCCAAGGUUCAGGACAGCAGUUUUCGACGUUUGGGUUCGAGUACUGGUCUGAUCCUUCAAACCCACAGGCAGGCUACGUCACUUGGCAAACGAAUGGAUCGCAGACUGUUCGCAUGGGAGCAGAUGCCAUGGGGCCUGACCAAGGAACAAAUGGUACUGGCGUUUCUCAGCGGCUAGUCUCUCUUGAGCCUAUGUCCAUCAUUUUGAAUCUCGGGAUAUCACCGAACUGGCAGACGAUCGAUCUAACGACGAUGAUCUUCCCUGCGCAGAUGCUUGUGGACUACGUGCGAGUCUACCAAAUCAAGGGGCAGACGAAUAUUGGGUGCAGUCCUCCUAACUUCCCUACCGCGGAUUAUAUAAGCCGACAUAUGGACUCGUAUUCAAAUUCCAAUCUGACGUCUUGGAACUAUCCAAAGCCCAAGAACGGAAUGGUGGCUGUUAGUUCUCGUAAGGGAAGGAAGAUAACUCGGACAUUGAUCUAAUCUUAUCUGAAUGUGAAUAUCGGACAUGGCGCGGACUGGCUUGUCUUUUACUUAUUCCUUUUAUUCUUCCAUCUCUUCCUUGGUUUUAUAUUUUCGUUUUUCGUCUGUUAUCGCUCACAUUUUACUCGUCGCAGCUUACACUUUAC